AAUCGAUCCUCACCACGACAUCAAUCCCACAUAUCAUGGAUGGAUCAUUGAGUGUAGAAGAAUUGACAAGACCCCUACGAGAAGCUGAGCAGCGCGCGAAGGAGGAGCGACAACGCGCUGAGAGGGAACAGCAACGCGCCGAGGAAGCAGAGAGAGAACGACAGGAAGAGCGACAACGCGCCGAGAGGGAACAGCAACGCGCCGAAGCGCCAUGGCCCGACUUCCUUGAUCAACAGAAGCUCACCUUCGGUACACUCUACGAUUCAUUUCCUACCGAAAGCCGCGUUUUCGAGAACCGAAAUUUCCUGGCCGGCUUGGGGAACAGGAUCUCUCAACGGCCGAUAGCAGACGAGAAGACGCUCGAAUAUUUCCUACAUAAUAGCGUGGAGGAUCCGGUUAGAGCCAUCAUACAACAGCUCAAACAGGUGGAAGAGGUCAGCAGGGCUUUUCAGAUCGGAGAUGGCGUCGUCUUUGAGAACCAUCCCCAUGCCCUCAGCGAUGUGGCCGAAGAAGUCGUUGAGAGGGAGACCCCAUCGACACCACCGCGGACGCCAGACCACAGAAGAGAUCUCAACCAGUUGCGGCCGGAUCAAAUCUGCGUCUAUCGAUCCGACAACACCCUGUCUUCCCGGCGCACUAUGGUUUACGUUUCCGAGUAUAAGCCGCCCCACAAGUUGACCACUCCGCAUCUUCGUCUCGGUCUCCGCGCCAUGGACAUCCACAGGGAAGUUGUGAACCGAAGGACGAUCCCAACUUCUGUAGACCCUGACGCGCGUUUCCAGUACCACGCGGAGAAGCUGACGGCAUCUGCCAUGACGCAGACAUAUCAUUACAUGAUCGAAAGUGGCCUUGAAUAUGGUCUUCUUACUACUGGCGAGGCUAUUGUGUUUCUCAAAGUCGACUGGGACGAACCUGAGACUCUGUACUAUCAUCUAGCAGAGCCUGGUCCGGAGCGUUCACCCUCAUGGCUCUCGGUUCGCCUGGAGAACGACGGGAGACAGGAGGAACGUCUAAAAGCUAUGAAGAACUUGAAGACGUGGGCUGAGGACUUCGAAUCGACAUUACGUUCUAUCCCAGAAAAUGAACGAUCGGCGUCAUCAGACUACUCACCUGGUCAUGAACCUACCACCUACAAGGAUGUCGAUCGGUCGCCGGCCUUGCCCCGCAAAAGGACACGUCGAACUGCUGUGUGCCAGAUUGGCGAGGGGUCGUUGACGAAGGAUGACAGGCAGGAACCAUCUGAUGACGAGUCGGCAUCCAGGCCACCGGACACGCCUACGCCAACCGGGCGAAAUACAAGACAGGGAACUAGGCGGAGCCAGCGACUGGCGUUACGGCCGCGCGGAGGAGGCGGCGAGCAGGGUCGGCAGUACUGUACUCAGAAAUGUCUUCUCGGGAUGGUCAAAGGUGGUUUCCUCGACCCAAAAUGCCCGAACGUGGCACUUCACCGCAAGAGCUGUGCUCCCGCCCGCGCACGUCAUCCUGUCAAUCACGAGGAGUGGCUUCGCCUACUCUGGAAGCAGCUAGAACAGUCUCUUGACGACGGGAUCAGGCCAUUGGGGGAGGGUGGUGCGCGGGGUGUGCUUUUCCAAGUGACCCUACUUGCGCAUGGCUACACCUUUGUCAGCAAGGGCACGGUGCGGGCAUUCAUCAAAGAUCUCUUGCACGAGGCUGCUGUUUACGAGCGUCUCAAACCAAUCCAAGGCAUCCACGUGCCUGUCUUCUUGGGUGCCAUUGACCUUCGAUCGAUGAACAAGACUUACUACUAUGACCACCGGGUCUACGUGGUGCACAUGACAUUUUUGUCCUGGGGAGGCUGCAGCAUCGACAGAGCACAGAGAAUUGGCGACAUGGACAGGUCGCUCGAAGACGAGGCCAUUCGGUCCUUGAGAGCCAUGCAUCGAGAGGGCGUGGUCCACAAAGAUGUGAGGCUUGCAAACAUAUUAUUCAAUCCUGAGACCAGCGGGGUUAUGGUGAUCGACUUUGAACGGGCUUUGCUACUCAACCCGCCUCGACGUCCGUUGGCGCAGCUGGUGCCGAACAAGCGAGCGUGGAAGUCGGAGACGAUGGAUGCCAAGAAGGUAACUGGUGAUUCAAGCAAGCGAAGUCGGCCAAGUCAGAGCUUUUCAGAGGAUAUUUGGUUGGCAAAGACGGCGUUCUCAGAGUGGAAUGCUGACCCAUGGACACGAGUCGCGAGAGCGCCUUGCUAG